AGACAAGCCAUAAUGGUUAUGCCGAGAGGCAAAUGAAUCAGUCUGUAACCUCCAUCCUUUGUCCAGAGCAGAACAGAAUGGCCAUGUCCCAGGAAUCAUUGACCUUCAGAGACGUGUUUUUGGACUUCACCUUGGAGGAGUGGAAGCAACUAGACUUUUCUCAGAAGAACCUCUACAGGGAUGUCAUGUUGGAGAACUAUGGCCACCUGGUCUCAGUGGGUGAGGGACUGCUCCAUGGAUACCUGGUGGAUACACCAGAUGUGAUCUUCAGGUUUGGACAAGGAGAAGAGGCCAGGAAGGAAGAUAGAGAAUCCAUAAUACAGAGCUGUCCAGUCCUGCUCCCCUCAUUCCCUCCCUGGACAAACAAUAUCAAGAAUAUGAAUUCUGGCAAGUUGAUGACCAGAAAGAUAAUCACAAGGAAAGCCAAGAUAAAUCUCUGUGGCAAGCUACAUUUAUACAUCAGGAAACACUGAAGGAUGCAAGUGACCAAGAAAUAAGAACAUGCAGAAAAAAUAUUUAUCACAGCACAGACUUUGUUUCUAUAAGACAAAGACUCCUUAAACAUUAUUCAUUGGGAAGAUGUUCAAAACAUAAUUUUAAUUAUAUUAGUCAAAAUAGAAGCUAUGGAAAAAAGAAAGAUGAUGAAUAGCAGGCAUAUUGGGAAUUAUGCUUCCAUUCUAAUAUUGAUAAAAUUCAACCUGGAGAGAAAAAUCUUUGAACCUAAACACCAUGGAAACCCUUCCACCAUAAAUGAGCCCUUAAAAGUCAGAGAAUUCAAACUGGGGAGAAAUCCUAUCAAUGUUCUGACUGUGGAAAAGCAUUUAUCCAGAAAGGAAACCUUGCUUUUCAUCAUAGAACUCACACUGGAGAGAAACCUUAUGAAUGCUGUGAAUGUGCAAAAGCCUUCAGCCAGAAGUCAACCCUCAUUGCACACCAGAGAACGCAUACAGGGGAGAAGCCCUAUGAAUGCAAUGAAUGUGGGAAAACCUUUAUCCAGAAGUCAACUCUAAUUAAACAUCAGCAAACUCAUACAGGAGAGAAAUCAUUUGUAUGUGGUGAAUGUGCAAAAGCUUUUAAGAGUUCAUAUCACCUUAUUAGACAUGAAAAACACACAUUAGGCAAGUAUUUUAUGAAGGUAUCAAAUGUGGUAAGUCAAGCCUUAUACAUCAGAAAACUCAGGUGAGAAACCCACCCCCAUGAACAUCAGAAAAUGCAUACAAAAGAGAAAACUUAUGAGUGCAACGAAUGUGGAAAAAGCUUCAGGGGGAAGUCAGACCUCUCUGUUAAUCAGAGAAUUCACACAGGAGAAAAACCUUAUGAAUGUAGCAUAUGUGGGAAGACUUUCAGUGGAAAAUCACAUCUCUCUGUCCAUCAUAGAACUCAUACAGGAGAGAGACCUCAUGAAUGCAGAAGAUGUGGGAAAGCCUUUGGUGAGAAAUCAACCCUUAUUGUACAUCAAAGAACUCAUACAGGAGAAAAACCCUAUAAAUGCAAUGAAUAUGGGAAAGCCUUCACUGAAAAAUCACCAUUGAUUACACACCAGAGAAUUCAUACAGGAGAGAGACCCUAUGAAUGCAGUGACUGUGGGAAAGCCUUUAGUAAGAAGUCUACUCUCAUUAAACAUCACAGAAUUCAUACGGGGGGAAAUCCUAUGAGUGUAGCAAAUGUGGGAAAGUUUUUCAUGUGAAAUCAACUCUCAUUGUACAUCAUAGAACUCAUACAGGAGAGAAACCUUACGAAUGCAAAGAAUGUGGCAAAGCCUUCAGUGGGAAAUCAACUCUCAUUAAAUAUCAGAGAAGUCAUUCAUGAGAUAAAACCUCUUAAUAUACUUAAAAGGGUUUACAUCAGUAGCAGUUAUAUCAAUUCAUCCUCAGAAAUAACUCUUAAAGUUCAUAAAUUCUUCAUAUAGUAUUUAAUGUUCAUUUAAUAAAAUGUACAAAAGUAUAAUUGCAGAAACAUAUAAUAAAUGUGAUCAAUUUUUCACCCAGAA